AUGAUCAGUCACUGGGGGACGUGCACCAAGAUCUUCCUGGUACUGGUGUCGCUGAGGGUCAUAUACUAUACCGUUCUGGAAUAUCCCAACAACCCAAACCACCCCUACCAGCGUCCCCGUUCCAGGAGGACUCCAGAGCCUUCAAGAGGAGAGGACUUGUCCCCCGAGAGCAUCAGUUCAACGACUAACGAUGAAUCAACAUAUUAUGUGGAAUCUGAAACUCCAGACCCUUCAAGAGGAGAGGACUUGUCCUCCGAGAGCAUCAAUUACCUGGACACAAUAUCCAUUCAGGACUGGCCAUCAAUAACACCGACCACUGGACUGGCCACUCCUCCUCCGUAUGUGUCCCCAGGACCGUACCAUGUAGAAUACCCAUCAGAGUACAUCUUCAUCCUGGAUGAGCCAGAGAAAUGCCGGGAGCAGAACCCCUUCCUGGUUCUGAUGGUGCCAGUGGCGCCCUAUAACAGGGAGGCCCGUGAGGCCGUCCGCAGGACUUGGGGCAGUGAGAGGCAGGUACUGGGCAGAGAGGUCCGUCUGUUCUUCCUGCUGGGACUGCCCAGUGGAGAGGAGACAGAGCAGCUCCAGGAGAAGGCGCUGCAGGAGAGCAAAGAGCACCAGGAUCUGCUGCAGAGCGACUUCAUAGACAGCUACAAAAACCUGACCAUCAAGACCAUGGUGAUGAUGGAGUGGCUGAGCUCUCGCUGCCCCAACGCCUCCUACGCCAUGAAGAUUGACUCAGACAUAUUCCUCAACGUGAACACCUUGGUCAACAUGCUGCUUCAAGCUCCAACGCAGAACUUCAUGACUGGACUGGUGGAAAGUAGCGCCGCAGUUCUCCGGGACCCGAGCUCCAAAUGGUACCUUCCAAAGGAGGUGUUUCCUGAACCAGUAUAUCCACCUUAUGCUCUGGGCCUGGGCUAUGUCUUCACCUUAGACCUCCCCAGGAAGCUGGUGGAGGCGUCCAGGCAUGUUAAAGCCGUCUACAUAGAGGAUGUGUAUCUGGGACUGUGUAUGAGACACCUGGGCAUCCGGCCUACUGACCCCCCCAGUGGAAACCUUUUUCAGGGGUAUGCAGGAGCCCAGGACCGCUGUCACUACAUGGCUGUUAUCACGACCAUCCUCGACACUCCUCAGGAGUGUCUGGACGUAUGGAGAAACUUGCACCAACCUGGGCCUGUCUGUUAUUGAAAACA